AUGACUAGCCGUGUGGAUUUGCUGAAACGUUCGCUGAAGCUUACGAAGCCAGGUCGUUUCUAUGCAAGCCAAUCGCCUAGAAACUUGGUUUCGACCACCCGAGACACCACGUUCUCGCAAACCGUCGACAGAGACGACCCUCACACACAAUUGAAGCCUGUGGGAUCCAAAGCAAAGGCUAUGAUGGCGGACCCUGUACCCAGACAAACCCGUCUUUUCGUGGAGGGCCCCAUCGAGUGUCCUCUAGAAGGAUUCCAACUGUUGAACUCUCCUCUGUUCAAUAAGGGCUCAGCAUUCACCCAAGAGGAAAGAGAGGCAUUUGGCUUGGAAGCCCUGCUACCACCCAUGGUCAACACUUUGGACGAACAAGUGGAAAGAGCUUACAAGCAACUCUGCUACCUCAAGACUCCGUUGGCCAAGAACGAUUUUAUGACCUCAAUGCGUACUCAAAACAAGGUUUUGUAUUUUGAACUUGUCAGACGUCACAUUCGAGAGCUAGUACCCAUCAUCUACACGCCAACCGAAGGUGAUGCUAUUGCUGCUUAUUCUCACCGUUUCAGAAGACCCGAAGGUGUUUUCCUCGACAUCACAGAGCCAGAUUCCAUAGAGCGUCGUCUUGAAGCGUACGGAAACAGCAAAGACGUUGAUUACAUCGUUGUUACUGAUUCAGAAGGAAUCUUGGGUAUUGGAGAUCAAGGUAUCGGUGGUAUCAGAAUCUCCAUUUCAAAAUUGGCAUUAAUGACGUUGUGCGCAGGUAUUCACCCUGGACGUGUCCUUCCUGUUUGUCUUGACGUCGGUACUAACAACAAGAAACUUGCGCGUGACGAACUGUACAUGGGCAACCGUUUUGCCAGAGUGCGCGGGAAACAAUACGACGAUUUUGUUGAAAAAUUCAUCAAAGCUGUUAAGAAGAGAUUCCCAUCCGCGGUGCUUCAUUUCGAAGAUUUUGGUGUAACAACGGCGAGACCAAUUUUGGAGCGUUACAGAAAUGAGGUUCCAUGUUUCAACGAUGACAUCCAAGGAACUGGUGCGGUUGUGAUGGCCUCGUUUUUGGCGGCCCUCAAACAUACCAAGAGAGAUUUGGGAGAUUCCAAGGUUCUGGUCUAUGGAGCAGGCUCUGCUGGUUUAGGUAUCGCUGAUCAGAUCAGAAACCACAUGGUCACUCAUGGCUUGUCACCCGAAGAAGCACACUCCAAGAUUUUCUUGAUGGACAGACGUGGUCUAAUCUUGAAGUCCAUGGAAGCAUUUUCUUCUCCCGCACAAUAUUCGUACUCUAAACCAGAUGAGGACUGGACUAACGUAAACACCUCCUCGCUACUGGAAGUUAUCGGCAAAGUAAAACCUACACUAUUGAUCGGCUGUUCCACCCAGGCAGGCGCUUUCAAUAAGGCCAUUGUCACAGAAAUGCAGAAACACAACCCACGCCCCAUUAUUUUCCCAUUGUCUAAUCCAACCAGACUACAUGAAGCUGUUCCAGAAGACUUAUUGAAGUGGACCAAUUUCCAAGCUCUGGUUGCUACGGGGUCUCCAUUCCCACCCGUGAAUGGCUACCGCAUAUCCGAAAACAAUAACUGUUUCUCUUUCCCAGGUAUCGGAUUGGGUGCCGUAUUAUCUCGUGCCACAUCGAUCACAGACACAAUGAUUUCAGCAGCCGUAGAUCAACUAGCAAGUCUUUCCCCAAUGACGGAAACGGACUCCAAGCCAGGUUUGUUGCCUCCUUUAGAAGUGAUCAACGAUACUUCCGCUAAAGUGGCCACUGCUGUCAUCUUACAAUCUUUCAAAGAAGGAACUGCUCGUGUUGAAGACGAACAUGUCCCCGGAAAAAACGAAAAGGUUGUGGUUCCUAGAGACUUUGAUGAAUGUCUGAAGUGGGUUACCAAACAAAUGUGGAAACCUGAAUACAGACCAAUGGUCAAGGUACAACAUGAUCCAAAGGUUUUCACCCACCAGUACUAA